AUUAUAUCAAAUAUUAGUUCCAAAAAAAGCGGAAAAACUAAACCACCUUUAACAUCUAAAGAAUCGCAUCGACUUCAAUAGCGUGGGAAAACCUAAUUGAAAUCAAGAUGAGUGUGAUUCCAAAGGAAACAAUUGAAGUCAUUGCACAAACCAUUGGCAUCACCAAUUUAUCUUCCGAUGUUGCCCUCGCUCUCGCCCCCGAUCUCGAGUAUCGCAUUCGCGAAAUCAUGCAGGAGUCGAUAAAAUGCAUGCGCCAUUCUAUGAGAACUUUUCUUACUGCUGAUGAUGUUGAUACUGCUCUUGCAUUGAGAAAUUUAGAGCCGUUAUAUGGUUUCGCCUCUAAUGAUCCUCUGCGGUUCAAAAGAGCUGCUGGGCACAAGGAUUUGUUCUACAUUGAUGACAAGGAUGUGGAUAUUAAAGAUGUGGUUGAAGCAGCUUUACCGAAAGUGCCCCUUGAUACAUCAAUUACCAGUCAUUGGUUGGCUAUUGAAGGUGUGCAACCUGCAAUUCCUGAAAACGCUCCAGUUGAAGCUCCCUCUGAGAUAAGAAAAACUGAAUAUAAGGAAGACGCGCUUCCUGUUGAUGUCAAAUUACCUGUUAAACAUAUAAUAACGAUGGAACUUCAGCUUUACUAUGAAAAAAUAAUUGAACUUUGUUUAAAUAAGCCUGGCUCCAUAACUUUUAGACGAGCAUUGGUUACCUUGACAACUGACUCAGGACUCCAUCCUUUGGUUCCUUAUUUCACACGCUUUGUUGCUGAUGAGGUGUCACGGAGUUUAAAUAAUAUAAAUAUUUUAUUUUCCUUGAUGCGCCUUAUGCGGAGCCUUUUGCAAAAUCCUCACAUACACAUAGAACUUUAUUUACACCAAUUGAUGCCACCUAUCAUUACUUGCAUUGUUGCACAAACAAUUGGAAACAGACUGUCUGAUAAUCACUGGGAGCUUAGGGACUUCAGUGCUAAUCUUGUUGCUUUGAUAUGCAAAAGAUUUGGGCAUAUGUAUCACAAUCUUCAGCCACGUGUGACAAAGACGUUUCUUCAUUCUUUCUUGGACCCUACAAAAGCUUUACCUCAACACUAUGGUGCAAUUAAAGGAAUAGCAGCUCUUGGAUCAAGACUGGUUCGCUUGCUUAUACUUCCAAAUAUCGAGCCAUAUUUGCAUCUUCUUGAGCCAGAAAUGCAACUUGAGAAGCAAAAAAAUGAAAUCAAAAGGCAAGAGGCAUGGCAAGUCUACGGAGCCUUGCUGUGUGCAGUAGGUCAAACUAUGCAUGAAAAGGUCAAAACAUUCAGCAGUUUGCUUUCUCCUCCAAUUCGGGCUACUUCAAGAGGCGAUGGAAAAGGAAUGACUGUAAAAUCAAUUAAACAUAAAGCCAGCAGCGUCAAUCUAAUGCUGCAGCCGCAAUAUGCACGGAGGAAAAUGGCCGCAGAUGGUGGUCGCAGUGCGCUGGUACCAAUGAAUUCCAUGUCAGUCGACAACAUGCAAGGCUCAACAAGUGGAUUUUCCAACAUGAUGGGGGUUUCCAAUUCUAACAUUGCCAUGUCAUCAUCAUCGGUUCGUCAAUUAUCCAACGAAAACACUGCACGGAGAGAGGUUGAAGGUCAACAAUGGAAGGAAGCUUCCUCUUCUAUUCUAGCUCAGGCUUGGAAGGAUGAGAUAGAUGCAGGACAAUUGCUGCAACCAUUGUCUGAAUUAUUCGGAGAAAGUUUGUUCUCAUUUCUACCAACACAUGCAACCUCUGUGUUUUUGUAAAACAAAGCUGUAUUAUUUGUAUUUGUUUUGCAUGUGAAAGUGCAUGUAACUUGGUCACUGUUUCUGUGACUUGUGGCCGAAUAAAUUAGAAGCUAGUAUAGAAUAUUAUAAAUCUAUCUGUAUUUUAGUCUCUAUUAUCAUUCAAAAGUGUGGAUUUUUUGUUUGUUUUUGUCUUAGAUGAUUUAUUUAUAGCAUAGAUUGUAUCAUCUUUUGAUUAUAAUGUAAA